GGUGAUGCCACUCGCCUUAACCCCUGAGCUCAGAUUUAUCAACCUUCGUCAACAGAACAGCAAAGUAUCGAUCCAACAGUCCCUAUAUAACGUCCCCGUUCCCUGACUCUGGGAAGUCACUGGUUUAAACGGCAGACAGACAUAGUGAAACCGGUUAGUUAUCCAUCUACAACUUCGUUAUCAUUAAUUUGUGAAAUUAAUGUAUCGGAAAGUGAGAUUGGUACCAGAAGUGAACAUUUUCUUACAAAACAAUGGAUCAUGAUUUUACCUUGAUUUACGAUUAUCUGGACAACUUUGAUAACAAAACUUUGAAAAAUCUGUUUGAGAACACCAAUAGUUCUCUGGCGUCCUCCCACUUUCAUGGCGGGAUUGACCAGAGUCGGACCCUCUGGCUCGGACUCAGCUUCGGCAUUCUUGUCUUGCUGUCCUUGUGUUUCAAUUCUCUGAUAUGCUGCAUCAUCUUCAGGAACAAAAACUUACACACCGUCACCAACAUAUUUCUUGCCAACAUGGCGAUGUCGGACAUUUUGUUGGUGUCAAUCAAUGUUCCGCUGAAUAUCGUCCGCAAUGUGACCUACGAAUGGACGUUAGGGAUUAUUCUGUGUAAGGCGUUGACGUAUUCCAUCAUGGUUUCUUCCUACGUGUCCACGUUCACUCUGACGGCCAUAGCGUUUGAUAGACAGCGAGUCCUCUUGCAUCCCCUGAAGCCCCGGAUGACCAAACAGACGGGGGCGGCCGUCAUUGUCGUUAUCUGGAUAAUGGCGUUUACGUUAGCUCUUCCUUACGGCUUUUUCAACUCAGUCCGGGAGAUGGACAUUUUUGUCGUCAAAGUCACAAGGUGCAGAUCGGCGUUUCCUGAACCUAAAAUGAAGUGGGAACAGUACUUAACCAUCGCCACCAUUUUGGUACAGUACGUAAUCCCAUUAACUAUCAUAGGGGUGGCGUAUGUAAGGAUCAUCCACAAACUCUGGCUGAGGAACCAGUUGGGCUACGUCACCGAGGACCAGCGCAUGCGUCAGAUUCGUGCCAAACGUAAGAGCAUCAAGCUUCUGAUCGCGGUGGUGAUGGUGUUUGCUGUUUGCUGGAUGCCACUCAAUCUGUACCACAUCUUGACGGACCUCCACCCCAACACCAAGACGUUCAAAUACGACAGCCUCGCCUUCUUCGUGUGUCUGUGGGUGGCGGUUAGCAGCACGUGCAUUAACCCGUUCCUGUACUGCUGGAUUAAUCCUCACUUCCGGUCAAGAAUCAUGAAGAAGAAGGCUUGUCGCGAAAAGAAGGAGAAGUCGGAGGGCUCGUUCGAGGAACUGGAGGACAUGGCUAGUGGCCCGGAUACUAACACACAGGAAACGCACGUGUACAAGUUCCCGGUGCUCUCCUUCCUGAAACAGAAAUCGGACAAGUCCGUCUACUGUUAGCGGACAUUGACGGUCAACGGAACACGUGGUGUAAUAAGAGUAAGAUUUCAAUGACAUUACCUAUGAGUUUUUCAACCAUCACUGAAACUGUGUCAUUUAACUAGUUCUUAUUUGAUAAAUAUAUUGUUGAAUGUUACGUUAUAUCUACAACUCUUUUUUUCUUUUAUCUAAAAGCUGUAAACUUUAAGUUGUAAAUGAUUAUAUCUUUUAUGAAUUGAUAAGAAAAAUUACCCAAUAAAAAUAUACUGUGUCGUCGGAUGUUGAAUAAACCUUAAUUAACGAUCUUUUACCAAAAUUUAUCAUUCAUUAGUCUUCUAUAUUUCAAUUAAAGAGAAGUUUAGCUAGGACAUUGUUUUGUAAGAAAAAAAUCUACACGAUCAUCCUUAUUAGCAUAUGUAUGUUUUUUGAUCUGACUUGUCGAUUUGUAUAUUUGUUAAUACAUGCACAAAACAAAGCUGUCCUAUAAUUUUUUCAUAUAAAUUUAUGUUUUAAGAUUCCUGCAUUGAAGAUAAUAUUUGAAAACCAUAGACUUCUGGAUUGUUUGUAGCAUUUGUUAAACUAUUUUUCGUUAUAUGACCAUUUAUAUUGUUAAUAAAAAAAUAACGUAUU